CCUCCAACCACAUAGCAACCAGUACGUGGCAUAGUCCUCACUAGUUAAGUCACUAAGCAACCCCUGGAGGUAACUAAUUAAUGGGUUCUAUCUCCGACGACGAGGCGGCUUGCAUCUACGCGAUGCAGCUGGCAGCGGCAGCUGUCUUGCCGAUGACGCUCAAGAACGCCAUCGAGCUGGGCAUGAUCGAGAUCCUCGUUGGCGCUGGCGGGAAGAUGCUUUCGCCGUCUGAGGUGGCCGCCCAGCUGCCGUCGACGGCCAACGCGGAAGCACCGGCCAUCGUCGACCGCAUGCUGCGGCUGCUGGCAUCGCACAACGUUGUGUCGUGCGAGGUGGAGGAAGGUAAGGACGGCCGCCUCGCACGCCGGUACGGCACCGCGCCGGUGUGCAAGUGGCUCAGCCCCGACGAGGACGGCGUGUCCUUGGCCCCGAUGGUCCUCUUGAACGACAAGGUCAUGCUGGAGAGCUGGUACCAUUUGAAGGACACUGUCCUUAACGGUGGCCUGCCAUUCGAAAAAGCGUACGGAAUGACAGCGUUUGAUUACCAAGGAACGGACCCGCGCUUUAAUCGCGUCUUCAAUGAGGCCAUGAAGACCCACUCCAUGAUCAUCACCAAGAAGCUCCUGGAGUUCUACAAGGGCUUCGAUGGUGUGGGCACCCUCGUGGACGUCGGUGGCGGUGUGGGCGCCACCAUCCACACCAUCCUUUGCAGGUACCCAAGCAUCGAGGGGGUCAACUUCGACCUCCCUCACGUCAUCUCCGAGGCACCAUCCUUUGCAGGUGUGCACCACAUAGGUGGUGACAUGUUCAAGAAGGUUCCCUCUGGGGACGCAAUCCUCAUGAAGUGGAUACUCCACGACUGGAACGAUGAGCAUUGCACAACGCUGCUGAGCAACUGCUACGAUGCACUACCCGCGCAUGGCAAGGUGGUCAUAGUGGAAUACAUCCUGCCAGUGAAGCCCGACGAAACGGCCACAGCACAGAGGUCCUUCGAAGCCGACAUGAUUAUGCUCACACACACACCCGGCGGCAAGGAGAGGUACCUGAGGGAGUACGAAGAGCUCGCCAGGAGCGCCGGGUUUGCCAGCGUCAAGGCCACCUACGUCUACAGCAACAUAUGGGUCAUUGAGUUGAACAAAUAGAACCUGCAUGUGUGCUAGUAUGUGGAGUUUCCACUGCUCCCUUAAAUUUCUCUUACUCUGAAUCAGCAAUAUACAUAAUAAAGGAUUGGCUACAAGAAAA